AUGUGUGACGGAGAUUUCAAAGAAUACAGCACACUAACGGACUGGUAUAAAGAGACGCUUCUGUUCAAUGCGCUCUGUAAAAUGAAACCGUUUGAAGGAGCAAGCAUGCGGUCCGCAUUUUUCAGAUGGAGAAACAACGUUCGAAGGCGCACGUACGAAAGGCAGCGGCAAAAACUGAAGGCACGUUUUAUCUUUGCCAAUCCACUUUACUUCAAUCUGACCAUCCAAGCGUUGGGGUGA